GGGAUUUUUUGGUAGGUUUUCUACAUAUAGUAUCAUGUCAUAUGUAAAUAGUGGAAGUUUUACUUCUUUCUUACCAAUUUGGAUCCCUUUUAUUUCUUUUUUUGCUCUCUGAUUGCUGUGGCUAGGACCUGUACUAGUAUGUUUAAUAAAAGUGGUAAGAAGAACUUCGUUGUCUUGUUGCUGACCUUAGGGGAAAAGCUCUCAGUUUUUCCCCACUGAGUAUGAUUUUAGCUGUUGGAUUUCCAUGGAUGGUCUUUAUUAUUUUGAGGUAUGUUUCCUCCAAACCUGCUUUGUUGUGGGUUUUUAUCAUGAAUGGAUGUUUUAGUUUUUCAAAUGCUUUUUCUUCAUCUAUUGAAAUCAUCAUAUGGUUUUUAUCCUUUUUCUUAUGAUGUGAUGUAGUAUGUUGAUUGAGUUUUGAAUAUUGAACCAUGCUUGAAUCCUGGGAAUAAAUCCCACUUGAUCGUGGUGAAUUAUUUUUUAAAUGUAUUGUUAGAUUUGAUUUGCUAGUAUUUUGUUGUGGAUUUUUGUACCUAUGUUCAUUAGGGAUGUUGGCCUAUAGUUCUCUUUUUUAAUGGUGUCUUUAUCUGGUUUUGGUAUCAGGGUAAUGCUGGCCACAUAGAAUGAGUUGAGAAGUUGUCUUUCCUCUUCUAUUUUUUAGAAUAAUUUGAGAAGAAUCAGUAUUAAUUCUAAGAAUAGGUAUUAAUUCUUCUUUAUAUGUUUGGUAGAAUUCACCUGUGAAGCCAUCUGGUCUUGGACUUGGACAUCUGUUUGUUGCAAGUUUUGUUUGAUUACUGAUUCAAUUUCAUUGCUGGUAAUAGGCAUGGUCAAAUUUUCUAUUUCUAUUUCACUUUUGUUAGUUUAUAUGUUUCUAGGAAUUUAACUGUUUCUUCUAGGUUGUCCAUGUUGUUGGCAUAUUGUGUUUCAUAAUAUUCUCUUAUAACUAUAUUUUUGUGGUGUUGUUUAUUUCUUCUCUGUCAUUGGUGAUUUUAUUUAUUUGAGUACUUUCUCUCUUUUUCUUGAUAAGACUGGCUAGAGGUUUACUAAUUAAUUUUUUCAAAGAACCAGCUCCUGGUUUCAUUGAUCUGUUCUAUGGGUUUUUUUAGGUUCUAUAUCAUUUAUUUCUUCUCAAAUCUUCAUUAAUUUCUUCCUUGUGCUGGUUUCAGGUUUUGUUUGUUGUUCUUUUUCUACCUCCAGAUGUAAGGUUAGGUUGUUUGAGAUUUUUCUUGCUAUAAACUUCUCUCUUAGAACUGCUUUUGCUUUAUCCCCAAAUUUUGGGACCAUUGUGUUUUUACUUUGAUUUGUUUCCAUGUACAUUUUAAUUUCUUCUUUGAUUUCCUGGUUGACCCAUUAAUUGUUCAGUAGUAUAUUGUUUAAGUUCCACGUAUUUGUGGCUUUCCAGAUUUUCUCUUGUGGGCGAUUUCUAGUUUCAUAGCAUCGUGGGCAGAAAAGAUGUAUGGUAUGACUUAAAUCCUGAAUAUGUUAAGGCUUGUUUUAUGGCCUAUAUGUUAUCUAUUCUGGAGAAUGAUCAGUGUGCCCUUGAGAAGAAUGUGUAUUCUGCUGUUUUAGAAUGCAGUGCUCUAAAUAUAUCUGUUAGAUCCAUGUGGUUCAAUGUGUCAUUUAAAGCCAUUGUUUCCUUGUUCAUUUUUCUGCUUAGAUGAUUUGUCCGUUGAUGUAAGUGGGGUAUUUAAGUUCCCUAUUAUUAUUGUGUUAUUAUUGAUUCAUUCCUUUAUGUUUGUUAUUAACUAUUUAAUAUAUUUGUAUGCUUCUAAUGUUGAGGGUAUAAAUUUUUACAACUGUUAUAUAUUCUUGUAUAAUUCCCUUUAUUAUUACAUACUCUCUCUCCAUCUUUGUCUCUUGUUAGUCUUUGUUUUAAAGUCUACUUUGUCUGAUAUAAAUAUUGCUACUGUGGCUUUCUUUUGAUAUUUUUUUGCAUCAUAGAUGUUUUUCUAUCCCCUCACUUUUGAUAUGCAGAUGUCUUUAGGUCUAAAAUGAGUGUCUUAUAGGCAGCAUAUAGCUGGGUCUUAUUUUCAUCCAUUCUGACACCCUAUGUCUGUUGAUUGGAGCAUUUAGUCUAUUUACUUUCAAAGUAAUUAUUGAUAGAUAUAUAUUUAUUACCAUUUUAUUACUUGUUUUGUGUUUGUUUCUGAAGACUUUCUCUGAUUCUUUAUUGUAUGUCUCUCUUAUGGUUUGCUGAUUUUUUUAGUGAUAUAUUUGGAAUUUUUCUCUUUAUUCUUUGAAUUUUUAUUAGUUGUUUUUAAUGUAUGGUUACCAUUCUGUUUGUAUAUAAUCUCUUCUUCAUAUAACAGUCUAUAUUAAUUUGAUGGUCAUAUAAGUUUGAACCCAUUCUUGUCCCCAUGUUUUACGUAUAUGGUGUCAUAUUUUAUAUCAUUUUAUUUUGUGGGGUCUUUAACUUUUUUUACAGAAAAAUAUAUUUUUACUACUUUUGUAUCUCAUACCUUCAUACUGUCACUUUUGGUUUCUCCUUUCCACUCAGAGUCCACUUUAGUAUUUCUUACAGGGUUGGUUUAGUGGUCAUGGACUCCUUCAGUGUUUGUUUGUCUGGGACACUUUAUCUCUCCUCCUGUUCUGAAUGAUAGCCUGGCUCGAUAGAGUAUUCUUGGCUGCUGAUUCAGCACUUUGAAUAUGCCAUGCCCCUCCCUUUUGGUUUGCCAAGUUUCUGAUGAAAAAUCCCCUGCUAUCCUUAUGGGGCUUCCUUUUGUAUGUUAUGUCUUCUUUGGUCUUGCUGCUUUAUAACUUUUUCUUUUUCGCUAUAUUUUGGCGAUUUAAAUACAAUAUAUCUUGGUGUGGGUCAGCUUUUGUUGAUUUUGAUGGGAUUUCCCUUAGUCUCCUGAAUCUGGAUAUCUGUUUCCUUCCUCAGAUUAGGGAAGUUUUCAGCUAUUAUUUCUUUUAAUAAAUUUUCUGCCCCCUUUUCUCUGUCUUCUCCUUCUGGGACUCCUGUACUAUAAAUGUUAUACAUUUGAUAGAGUCACUGUAUUCCCUAAAUCUAUUCUCAUUUUGCACAAUUAUUUUUUCUUGCUUUUGUGCAGCUUGGCUAGUUUUCAUUACUCUGCUUUCUAGGUCAUUAAUUACUCCCUCUGCUUUUUCCAGCCUUCUCUUCAUUCCAUCAAGAAUGUUUCUCAGUUCAUUUAUGCAUUUUAUCUCUGUGUUAUUCCUUAUCUCUGUGUUAUUUGUCUCACUCAUGUCUUCCACUGUUUCCUCAAGCCAAGUGAGUACCCUUAUGAUCGUUGCUUUACAUACUCCAUCAGGCAUGUUACUUAUAUCUGUUUCACUUAGAUCGCUGGCUGUGGUUUUGUCCUGUUCUUUCAUAUGGGAUAUAUUUCUCUGUCUUCUCAUUUUGUGUAAGUCUCUAUGUCUGUUUUUCUGUGUUAGGGAAGUCAGCUAUGUCUCCUGUUCUUGUGGGUCAUGGCGUUAUGAAGAAGAGGUCCUGUAGUGGUUUUCCCUAUUUCCCAGGGUCUGGCAUUUUGGGCAGUGUCUUCUAGUGUGCUCUGUGUACUGUAAUGUUUAUUCCUGGCCACUUUAUCCUUCAGGCCAGUCAUCUGCAGAGACUUUCUUUGCCUUUUGUGAGCAAUGUUUGGUCCUUGGACUGAAUGUGGCCCAUUUUGACUAGGUAUGCUCUGGUCUGCUUGUGAAAUGAGACCUUUUCACUGCUGCCAAAACCAAUACUGCAAAUAUCCCAAGUGGGUGGAUGCAGUGUGAGAAGAGGUUUAGACUAGUCUCGAUUCAGAGGUCCACAGUACUGCCACUGAGGCAAGUGAAAGUGGCACUUCCAGAAUUGUGGUUCUACCAGGGUAUGGAGAGUGGGGUUUGGUGUAAACAAGUUAGGUAGCAAGUGUUGGCACAGCAAUGUUUUCCACAGGUAGCCCUGUGCUUUUGAAGAAAGGCAGCAGAGGGAAAUGGCACCUUCCAUUGCCGCCUUUCUGGGAUGCAUUCUGAAAUGAGCAAAUAAACUCCCCAUAUUGUGGCCUAGGUGCUCUUCAGAUCACUGUUGCCAUGCUGUUUGUCCAUAGGUCUUUUUGCCUGCCUGCCUUCUCUCCAACAGCAGCCGUAAUAUCCUCUAGGCUCUAUUGCAGCCAAGCCCAUUGACCUUUACAAUUCCAGGGUUUAAGCCCUGCUUCUUGUCAGAAGUCAUGAAAUUCAGCCCCUCUUACUUUCCAAGACAGUUUCUACAGGGAUUUUAUUUUCCCCUUGUGCUUCCCUGUAUGUUAGUCUACCUCUCACUUUUCUCUGUGAUUGCAGCUCCCUCCCUACUGCAGUGGGGAAGAUGUUUCCCUCCCAAACUGUGUCUCUGCACUUCCUACCUUCUUCGAUGUGGCCUUUUCUCUACCUUUAAUUGUGGAGUUUGUUCUGUCAAUUUUUUUUAUGUCAAUUUCUGAGGUAUUAGGUGAUUUGAUAGUUAUCUAGUUGUUUUCUGGGAUGAGGUGAGCCUAGGGUCCUCCUACUCCACUGCCAUCUUCUAACCUUGGUGUUUCCAUUUAAAUAGGAUGGACAGAUUGGGUCUCACUGAGCAAAAAACUCCUUUUAAGGAGGGAUUAUGGAGUAAUGGAUAUGGAAAUAUGGAAAUCGAAAGGGUAUUCCAGGUAGCGGGAAGAGCCAGUGCAUGUGUUUUAUUGCAUUAUUGAAGAAGAGUAAGGUGGUCAGUGUGACUGGAGCUGAGGGAAUUAAAGCGACAGUAGCAAGAAAUGAGGUUAGAGGGGUCUGAAGAGAGUACAGAUCAGUAGGGCCUUGCAGGAUUACAUGUAAGAUGUGUUGGGGAAGGACUUUGGGUGCCAGGGGAAUGCUCUUUGAUAAGAUGCUUGACUCCCUGGAUUAAGAUGUGAAAAGACAGUUAAAGGGGGUAUCUGUGAAUUUGAGAUUACUAUGAAUUGUUUCAAGUCAGUAAUUCAGUCCUAGUAUUGUAGAUCUUGAUUAUACUAACUGAAAAGUUGGUAUGUUGACUGAAAGUUAGCAUGCACUUUUGUAACCAGAUAGGUUUGUGGUCCUUGGACAGAUCACUUAGCCUCUUUCAAGCUUCAGUUUCAUCAUUUGUAAAAUGAAAACUUUUGACCAGAUUAUCUUAAAUUCUGCCCAACUUUAAUAGUCUCUAAUGCCAUACUAUGUGAUUAAAUAUAGAAAAAAAUUUAAUAAAAAAAGUGAGAGUAGAAAAUAAAACUCAAAUUUCUUCCCAUAAGAGAAGGUGAAAAUAUUACUAGCAAUACUUUUUUUCUUGUUUCUGUUACCCCAUGAUCAAACUGUCAACAUACAUUCAAUUGAGAUAUAUAUUUAAAGCAUUCUAGACAUAUUUAAACCUUAAGUUAGAUAAUUUGACUAAAUUAAAUCAUAUUUCACCUAAUUUACAUUCUCACUUUGAAGAUACAGAUGUGCAUUUAAUUUUGAGUUUAUAACCCCAAAGAAUGGAAAAAGAAGAAAAGCAGCAAUUACUUGAAGAAUUGUCUAAUAUACUUACUAAUAAGACAGGUGGACAGGUACAUAUCUGGAAUGUGGCAGGGUAGUUGAGGUACUUUUGAUUUGACAUUUCUCACUCUGAUUUUAUAAUAUAGGUAAUCCUGAAGCUUGCCAUGGGGCAUAAAAGUUUUCUUUAACCCAGAAGGAAAAUUAAAGAGAAAAUGCCACAUAGAGAUAGUCCUGCUGUGGAUUGAUCUCUCUUAAAAUGGCUUCAGUUCCCCCUUCUUUUUUCUCCUAGGCAAUAAAGAUUGAUUGAGAACAUUCAAAUAAAAACUUUGGCAGAUGAUGUGCGUGACCGAAUUACAAGUUUUAGAAAAUCUACUGUCAAAAAAGAAAAACCUUUUAUUCAGCAUCCUAUUGAUUCUCAAGUUGCAAUGAGUGAGUUUCCAGCAGCUCAGCCAUUGUAUGAUGAACGAUCGUUGAAUUUGUCAGAAAAGGAAGUACUGGAUCUUUUUGAAAAAAUGAUGGAGGACAUGAACCUUAAUGAAGAACGGAAAGCUCCUUUACGAAACAAAGAUUUUACCACCAAGCGUGAGAUGGUUGUCCAGUAUAUUUCUGCUACUGCCAAAUCUAUAGUUGGAAGUAAAGUUACGGGAGGGCUGAAAAACAGCAAACAUGAAUGCACCCUGUCUUCACAAGAAUAUGUUCAUGAAUUACGAUCUGGUAUUUCAGAUGAGAAACUUCUUAACUGCCUUGAAUCUCUGAGGGUUUCUUUAACCAGCAAUCCCGUCAGCUGGGUUAACAACUUUAGCCAUGAAGGUCUCGGACUCUUAUUGGAUGUGCUGGAAAAGCUUCUGGACAAGAAACAGCAAGAAAACAUAGACAAGAAGAAUCAGUAUAAACUUAUUCAGUGCCUCAAAGCAUUCAUGAAUAAUAAGUUUGGAUUGCAAAGGAUUCUAGGAGAUGAAAGGAGUCUUUUGCUAUUGGCAAGAGCAAUUGAUCCCAAACAACCCAACAUGAUGACUGAAAUAGUAAAAAUACUUUCUGCUAUUUGCAUUGUUGGAGAAGAGAACAUUCUUGAUAAACUUUUAGGGGCAAUAACUACAGCAGCAGAAAGAAAUAAUAGGGAACGAUUUUCACCUAUUGUGGAAGGAUUAGAAAAUCACGAAGCUUUGCAAUUACAGGUGGCCUGCAUGCAGUUUAUAAAUGCCCUUGUCACUUCACCCUAUGAGCUUGAUUUUAGAAUACAUUUAAGGAAUGAAUUCCUGCGUUCAGGACUAAAAACAAUGUUACCAGAUCUAAAAGAAAAAGAGAAUGAUGAGCUUGAUAUUCAGUUGAAAGUAUUUGAUGAGAACAAAGAAGACGACCUGACUGAAUUAUCACACCGUCUCAAUGACAUUCGAGCAGAAAUGGAUGAUAUGAAUGAAGUGUAUCAUCUUCUGUAUAACAUGUUGAAGGAUACUGCUGCUGAAAAUUACUUAUUAUCCAUUCUACAACAUUUUUUGCUCAUCAGAAAUGAUUAUUAUAUCAGGCCACAGUAUUACAAGAUAAUUGAGGAGUGUGUUUCACAGAUAGUGCUGCACUGCAGUGGUAUGGACCCAGAUUUCAAGUAUAGGCAAAGAUUAGACAUUGAUUUCACACAUCUGAUAGAUUCAUGUGUGAACAAGGCAAAAGUUGAAGAAAGUGAACAGAAAGCAGCAGAAUUUUCAAAGAAGUUUGAUGAAGAAUUCACAGCUCGACAGGAAGCUCAAGCUGAACUUCAAAAAAGAGAAGAAAAAAUUAAAGAGCUUGAGACAGAAAUCCAGCAACUUCGAACCCAGGGACAUGGACUCUCAGGAAUUCCAGGCCCUUCUCCAGGGCCAGGUGGUGGGUUAUCCCCACCACCACCACCUCCACCAGCACCAUCUCUGCCUGGAGGAGCUCUCCCUCCUCCUCCACCUCCUUUACCUGGAAUGACUGGUAUACCACCACCACCACCACCACCACCUUUGUUUGGGGCACCUGUUCCACCAUUUCCCCCAGGCAUUCCUCCUCCUCCAGGAGCACCACUGGAUCUGCCUUAUGGGAUGAAGCAGAAAAAAAUAUAUAAACCUGAGGUACCCAUGAAGAGAAUCAAUUGGUCAAAGAUUGAGCCCAAAGAAUUAUCUGAGAACUGUUUCUGGUUAAAAGUUAAGGAGGACAAGUUUGAAAAUCCAGAUCUCUUUGCAAAAUUGGCACUGAACUUUGCUACCCAGAUAAAAGUUCCAAAGAAUGUAGAAGCUUCAGAAGAAAAGAAGACCCUGCCUGCAAAGAAGAAAGUGAAAGAAUUGAGAAUUUUGGAUCCCAAAACGGCCCAGAAUCUGUCUAUCUUCUUAGGAUCAUAUCGUAUGCCAUAUGAAGAUAUAAAAAACAUCAUUCUGGAGGUUAAUGAAGACAUGUUGAGUGAAGCCUUAAUUCAGAACCUUGUAAAACAUCUUCCUGAGCAGAAAGUACUCUGUGAAUUAGCACAGCUGAGGAAUGAGUAUCAUGACCUCAGUGAGCCUGAACAGUUUGGAGUUGUGAUGAGCUCAGUGAAAAUGUUGCAGCCUCGUCUCAAUAGCAUUCUAUUCAAGCUCACGUUUGAAGAACAUGUAAACAACAUCAAACCAAGCAUCAUAGCAGUAACUCUUGCCUGUGAAGAACUGAAGAAAAGUGAAAGCUUUAACAAACUUUUAGAGUUAGUUCUUUUGGUUGGAAACUACAUGAACUCAGGCUCGAGAAAUGCCCAGUCUUUGGGUUUUAAGAUCAACUUCCUUUGUAAGAUCAGAGAUACUAAGUCAGCAGAUCAAAAAACAACCCUCUUGCAUUUUAUUGCUGAAAUUUGUGAGGAAAAAUACCGGGAUAUCCUGAAAUUUCCUGAAGAACUGGAACAUGUUGAAAGUGCAAGCAAAGUUUCAGCUCAAAUUCUCAAGAACAACCUUGCAACAAUGGAACAACACAUUGUUCAUCUGGAACAUGAUAUCAAGAAAUUCCCCGAAACAGAAAAUAGACAUGAUAAGUUUGUGGAGAAGAUGACAAGCUUUACAAAGAGUGCCAGAGACCAGUAUGAAAAACUGUUCACCAUGCACAACAACAUGCUAAAGCUCUAUGAGAAUCUUGGAGAAUACUUUAUUUUUGACUCUAAAACAGUGAGCAUAGAAGAAUUCUUUGGUGAUAUCAGCAACUUCCGAACUUUAUUUCUGGAAGCAGUGAAAGAAAACAACAAGAGAAAAGAAAUGGAAGAGAAGACUAGGAGGGCAAAGCUCGCAAAAGAGAAAGCUGAACAAGAAAAGUUAGAACGCCAGAAGAAAAAGAAACAACUCAUUGAUAUAAACAAAGAGGGUGAUGAGACUGGAGUAAUGGAUAAUCUUCUAGAAGCCCUACAAUCAGGUGCAGCAUUCCGAGACCGCAGAAAGCGAAUUCCAAGGAAUCAAGGUAAAAUCAAUUCUAGCCUACAUGAUAUUAUAAAAUGUGAAUGUUCUUCGCCAAAUACCACCCUCUGAAAAACCAUCCCUAUGAAUAUUUUUUUAACAGUUGAUCUCAGUUCAUGUGUGAAAAAGUCUCAAUAGGCUUCUAUGUCUAUGUGAUCACAAGUUUCAACUUGGUAAAAGCGUCUUCAAAUAACUAUAGACUUUGCAAGAAUUUUCAGAAACAAGGACUCAGCUGUGUUUCAUAUUAAAUAUUUUAAUUGUUAUUUUAUGUGCAUGUGGUUUGGGUGGAAUGUGGCUUAAAACCAUAAAUGAAAUUAAAUUACUAAAAGUAAUUGGCCCUAGGGAUGUCACAUUGGCUAUUCACAGGUUAGGGAAACUGAAACAAUGCUCUUUUCUAGAGGUUAUUUUGGCUCUUUAGUACAAUCCAUUCUCCAUUCUCCAUGUUAAUAAAGAGAGGAGAAGAACAGAUAAUCUAAGAUCCUCAAAAGUCUGAAAGCAUUUGAACCCCUUUUUCAUGUAUUUUUUAAUUAGUAAUAAAACCAGAUUAUGAAAAUUGAUCUCAGUGGAAGAAAAACAAAAAAAAAGAAGCCAAAUAGCCUUCCUCACUCAAAUAGUACUAGAAAGUUGUCUGUUUUCUCUGUUCAUACCCUAUGGCUGAGGAAGUAAUAGUUCCUUUCAGAAUAAUCCAAGCUGAGCUAUCCACCUCCUUUAAGGAAAUUUCUAUAUUUUUAAUUUAUAUCUUUUUUGGAAGAAGAAGAAAUUAGGUGUUUUAAUUUUAAAAGUCCUCUUGAUGGGCUAUGGAGCUAUAUGGAGAAGUAAAUGGAAAAAGGAAAAUUAAUAGUAAAUAUGUAAAUUCUACUUAAUUUAGAUUAAUAAGAUUUGACUUGAAUAGUCUGAAAUUCAAAAAAUAUUUUGUAUUUGGACUGGAAAAUAUGUCUUCAGAAUGGAAAGUGGUAGUUCUUUCAAACCACAAUACUCCAACAAACCAGUAAAAGGAAGUGGAGCCCAGUACAGAGUUGUCGGGAAAGCUUGUGGUAAUGAUGAAAUUUAUGGAGGAAGAUAAGAAUAUAAGUUAUGUUCAUCUUUUUUGCAUUUGGGUGAAUUUUGAUGGAUAUAAAGAUAUUGGAGAUGGCCUACAAAAAGAGUGAAAGACUGGAGGAAAGAAAAGUAAAAUCUCUAUUUGUAUAUUCAUAUUAAUUUUUAAGGUAAUGCUGCAAAGCAGAAUACUAGGAGCACUACUAAUCUGUAACUAUGAAGCAGCCAUUCCAUAUAUCCUCAGUCUUUAUCUGUAAAAUGAGAAAGUCCUAUCAUGCUAUCAGAGACCCCUUCUACCUCUUAAGGAAAAUAGAAACCUUCACUGUUCUUUCUUGAACUCUCAAAGCAUUAAGAGUAAAAAAGCAAACUGAAAUAACUUUUUUUAUUGAUUCAGUUCUCUGCUAAGCAGCUGAUAAGUAUAAGCAUGUUAUUCUGUGCCAUAAGAGAACUGCAUUAUCUUUCUAGGCUGUUUAUUUUUAAAAUAUAUUUGCUAAGGCCCCUGUUUGAUUAGUCUCACAUCUCAUACUGACUCUAGAGAGAUUGUACUGAGAAAGAGAGAGAUCAUUCCAUGGGAUUUCUGUGAGUUUGGUACUCAAGGGAUACAGUGUCAUCAACUGUGAAAUAUCAACAGUAGAUUCACAAGCUGCAUAAUUUUACAGUACUCAUUCCAAGUAAUCUAAAUUGGGGCCUCCUUUGGUUUGUAGCUAGAAUGCCUCCAUGAACACACAGGGUGAAAAAUAUCAGCACAUCUAGUCCUGGCAGUCAU